CACACAAAAUCCAACAUGGCGCAGUUCAUUCGCCGGAGCCGCAUUUUUGGCUGCCUUGACUUUAGUGUCAUUAUUUCACCGCUGUGAUCUGUACUUAAAUCGCUGGACCGUUCUCGCCUUUGCGAACAAAAGUUUCUAAUCAUCAGUACUUGAAAUUUUGAGUGGCACUGACGAGGCAAUGGAGGUAUGGUCGGGCGAGGAGUGCCGUUCUGACAGGUACUGAAGUAACUCUCACCAAAGCCAUCUGCACAACGUCGGCUGUGUGCUUGAGCCCGUUGGCUUGAGCCAGAGGCGCGCCAGCGCCGCAAGGCCAGCGGGGCGAGCGGGCAAUCCAGGUGAGACAGCCAUGGAGGCGCAGAGUGACCCGUUCAAGGAGGAGUUCAAGUUCUACAAGCGUCGGUCGGUGCGGCCCGACCUGACCGGCGUGGUGGAUGCCCUGCGAGACGACUGCUCCAGCGCGCUUCGGCCCCGCGCCCUUUCGGAGCAGCUCUCCCAAGCUGACUGCGAGCGGCUGGGGCUCUGCGCCGAACGGCUGCCGGCCGCCUACGAGCUGGUGGACGCGCCGGGGCUCCUGCUGCUUCCUGACCCGUUCACGGCCGAGGGACAGCGCCUAUGGGUGCGCCGAUGCCUCGAGGAGUACACGAGGCCCCCGCACGUCACCAACGUGAAGGCGCCGGCGACCGUGUUGCGGGCGGGAGACCCCUUCUACGGCGCGCUGCGCUGGGCCACCGUCGGGCUGCACCACGACUGGGACACCAAGGUGUACGACAAAACGCGUCGGUCCCCGUUCCCGGACUGCCUCCGCGAUCUCGCCACGGGGCUGGCCCGCCUCGCUGGCUUCAGUGCCUUCCAGCCCGAGGCGGCCAUCGUCAACUACUACGCCAUGGACUCGGCGCUCGGCGGGCACGUAGAUAACUCGGAGCUUGCCCUGGACGCGCCCGUGGUGUCGGCGAGCUUCGGCCAGACGGCCGUGUUCCUGGUGGGUGGCGCCACGCGCGAGCGGCGGCCCCGCGCCCUGCUGCUGCGCAGCGGGGACGUGCUGGUCAUGUCGGGCCCGGCCCGCCUCGCAUACCACGCCGUGCCGCGGGUGCUGCCCGCGGGCGACGACCGCCCCUGGGCCGGGGGCGACGCGCAGUGGGCACCACUGGAAGCCUACCUCGACACGCACCGCAUCAGCAUCAGCGUUAGGCAGGUCUUCCCGGCGUCCUGAGGGCUGACCGAGAACCACGAGAGGCUGCCGGUCGCGUGCUGGGCUGAGUCCCUGAGGCGAAUCCCCUGGAAGGGGCCAAACCGGCCUGCUGCGUUGACUUCGCGGGUGGCCCCACGUGGCCAUGGCACCGACCCAAGGGAUGAAACUCCGCGCGGGCAGCUCUGGCAAGCAGUGGAACCUACUCUCACCGUGCAACCCUAAGGCAGUCCCUUCCAGCCCAAACGCCACAGUGCCACCUAGUAAUUCUCCACACCUAUAUGAACGAGCCGCUCGAAGUGUGUGACCGAGGGGAACGCAGCAUGCGUUGUGGGCAGUUCCAUAUUGGUCCGAAGAGAGCAAUAAUACAGUGGAAUUGAGUCCACGUGCACUGACAAAGAGCCUUUCCUUCCCUGGGAGCACCAUGUAAUUGCCCAGAGUGCGAGCAGCACCCUCAACAGCCACUGUCUUGGCCAUGUGUUCCGGGUGGGUCUUGAUAUUGGCGACGGCUAUCGAGGCGGCAGGGCACCAAACCGAGCUUUCCAAGGGCCAAAGGCAGCAGCAAUGAGUAACUGAGGAAAUCAAGAUACCUCCUGGACUGUAGUCCGCAAGGGAAAAUUUGAGGUCAAAAAUAAAAGUUUUGGCUUGGAUA